AUGUCGGCUCCACCCCCACCACCACCACCGCCUCCGGCACCCGCGGCCCCACCUCCACCACCCAUAGGGAGUGGAGGAGGAGGCGGGCCUGCUUUCCUCUCAGACAUCCGCAAGGGCGUUGGCCUCAAAAAAGUCCCCGACUCCAUGAAGAAUGAUCGCAGUGCGCCCGUCAAA